AUCUACCCUCUUUUUAUAAAAGUAACAAACAGUUCUGUAAACAAAGAUCCUUAAACAGGUAGCCGGCCCUUAAACCUCUGUCUCCUCCAAACUCAAAAACCCCAUCGUCUCUAUCAGCCGACAAUUCCACUUCCCUCCCUCUCUCUCAACAAUGGCAACUCUUACACACCCACAUCACCAAGCCCAUCUCUUUUCCAAAUUCUCUCUCAAGUCCAAACCCAAAUUCACUCCUUCUUCAUCAAGAAUCAAAAUGUCCCUUCAAGAAACCGGUCCUUCCCUCGCCGUCGUCGGCGUCACUGGAGCCGUCGGACAAGAGUUUCUAUCUGUGCUUUCUGAUAGAAACUUCCCUUACCGAUCAAUUAAAAUGUUAGCUUCCAAACGCUCAGCUGGAAAGCAGCUAACUUUUCAAGACAACAAUUAUACAGUUGAAGAGCUAACUGCUGAUAGCUUUGAUGGUGUCGACAUUGCGCUUUUCAGUGCUGGUGGGUCUAUUAGUAAAGAGUUUGGGCCGAUUGCUGUGGAUAAAGGUUCAAUUGUUGUGGAUAAUAGUUCUGCUUUUAGAAUGGUUGAGGGUGUUCCUUUGGUUAUUCCUGAAGUGAAUCCUGAGGCUAUGAAAGAGAUUAAAUUUGGAUUAAAGAAGGGCGCUUUGAUUGCGAAUCCGAAUUGUUCUACUAUUAUUUGUUUGAUGGCUGCUACACCUUUGCAUAGACACGCUAAGGUGCAACGCAUGGUUGUCAGUACGUAUCAGGCAGCUAGUGGUGCUGGUGCUGCUGCAAUGGAAGAGCUGGAGCUGCAGACUCGCGAGGUCUUGCAAGGAAAACCACCCACAUGCAAUAUUUUUAAGCAACAGUAUGCCUUCAAUUUAUUUUCACACAAUGCACCUGUUCAAUCAAAUGGAUACAAUGAAGAAGAAAUGAAAUUAGUAAAAGAAACUCGGAAAAUUUGGAAUGACAUGAAUGUUAAGGUCACUGCUACCUGUAUACGAGUUCCUGUCAUGCGUGCACAUGCUGAAAGUGUUAAUCUUCAAUUUGAGAAGCCCCUUGAUGAGGACACAGCAAGGGAUAUUCUGAAGAAUGCCCCUGGGGUGGUGGUUAUCGAUAACCGAGCCUCCAAUCACUUUCCUACUCCAUUGGAGGUAUCAAACAAGGAUGAUGUUGCAGUCGGUAGAAUCCGCCAAGAUGUGUCUCAAGAAGGGAAUCAUGGGUUGGAUAUCUUUGUUUGUGGGGAUCAAAUACGCAAGGGGGCUGCACUUAACGCCAUUCAGAUUGCUGAGUUGCUGCUAUAGUCCACAUUCUUUUCAGUUUUAGGCUAGGUUUAAUCAGGAUGGUAACAUGAGUUAAAUAUUGAAUCAUCGAUCUUUCUAGUUUUCAGACGCUGGCAUUCAUUGUUUGUUUCAUUGAGGUUGUGCAAAGUCAAAAAGUUUAUAUGGUAUAAGGGUUUCUAGUUUGCUGCAUUGAAAUUUCAUCCGAUGUACCCUUUUUGUGUAGAAUUUUGUUUAGUAGUCUUUUUCUUUUUUGUAA